AUUUGGGGAAUUUUGUUAUUGUUAUUCGCACAUAAUACAAAAUAAUAUAUAUAUAUAUAAACAAACUUUGUGCCACACAAAUUUAGAUUUAAAAAUAAACAAAUGUGAACAAUUAGACGCAUAGACUAGAGCUUAUUGUUAUCAUAUUGACGUACACGUCUUUGCUGACCAUUUCGGGAAAUAUAAGCUCUGCGACGCGGUCAUUGUGGUCAACGGUGUUAAAUUCAACGCCCACAAAAUUAUUUGGAAUUAUGUGGAAACGGAUGUACGCAACGUUUUCGUGCGUACGCACCGUUUAUACAUGUGACUCCUGGUCCCUAGUUCUGAGGCACCUAUGUGAUAGUAUGGGGUGGGAGGUCCCUAGAUCUGGUCGAAUUUUAUUUCGGAGUUCCUGGUUCAAAAGAGUCAGAAAACACCUUAGUUCAUGCUCUCUGAAACACCCAUAUUUAUUAAACAAGUCAUAUGUGGAUUGUUUUUCAGAGCUCUGUUCGCCAGUGGCUGGAACGUGAAGGGGAAAGAUGAGUACAUCAUCCCAGGCAUUUCCCCAGAAGCCAUGAAGCUGGUCAUUGACUACGCCUACACGCACUCCGUGCUUGUCACGGCCGACAACGUGGAGAGCCUCCUGGCGGCUGCUGAUCAGUUGAAUGUCCUGGGUAUCAUGCAGCACUGCAGCAACUUCCUGCAGGACCAGCUCUGCCGUGACAACUGUGUUGGAAUUUUUAUAAUCGCCGACGUCUACCACCUCAGCGAGCUGCGGGAGUCUGCAUUCUUCUUCAUGGUGAAGAAUUUCAAACAAGUGGCCAGCUCCUCAGAGGAGUUCCUACAGCUCACUGUAGAGCAGCUUAGUAGUAUUAUUGAAGAGGAUGAGCUGAACGUUAGCCAGGAGGAGGUGGUGUUUGAGGCCAUCCUCCGAUGGAUUGCGCAUGAGCCUUCCAGCCGCAACUGCCACAUUGCUGUGCUGUUGCCCAAGGUCCGGCUGGCUCUAAUGAAUGAAGAUUACUUAAUAAGGAAUGUGAUAAACAAUGAUCUUGUAAAGGCCAGUAAGGAGUGCAGGCGCAUUGUCAGCGACGCCUUGAAGGCCGUGUACGACCUGGACAUCACCGGUCCACCCCGGUCUGACUUUGAAAACCCGCUGACCCGGCCACGCCUGCCAUCCGAAAUUUUGUUGGCCAUUGGUGGCUGGACUGAAAACCCAGCCAGUCAAAUCACGGCAUAUGACACCCGAGCCGAUCGCUGGGCAGAUAUGACGUUGGAGCACGAGACCCUGUCCUACCAUGGGUCAGUCUAUUUAAAUGGAUUUGUGUAUUGCAUUGGGGGGACUGAUGGCUUAGUUUGCACAAACAGCGUGCGGAGGUUCAGUCCUUUUACGCGGACAUGGGACCAGGUGGCCCCAAUGCAGACACGACGCUGCUAUGUGAGCGUGGCUGUGGCUGAUGGCUACAUAUACGCCUUUGGCGGCUUUGAUGGCCUCACGCGCCUCAACACAUCAGAGCGGUACGACCCGGCAUCAAAUAGCUGGACCUUCAUCCAGCCCAUGCAGGAGCGGAGGAGCGACGCCAGUGCCACCACACUGCACGGCAACAUAUAUAUGUGUGGUGGCUACAAUGGAGAUACAACCGUCCCAACCGCUGAGUGCUACGACCCAGUCACUGAGCGAUGGACCACUAUAGCCCCAAUGAGAACUCCCCGGCAUGGUGUUGGAGUCAUUUCCUACAAGGAUAAAGUCUAUGCAGUUGGUGGUACAUUCCAGUACCGGCAUUUACGGAGUGUGGAGGCCUACGACCCGGUCACUAACCGCUGGCAAGCUGUGAAGCCCAUGCAUAACACACGCAGUAACUUUGGGAUUGAAGUGAUCGAUGACCUGCUGUUUGUUGUGGGCGGCUACACUGGGUCCAGAACCACUAAAGUGGAAUGUUUUGAUGCUGAGACAGGGACCUGGUACGCCGCCCAGGACAUGUGCUGCUCCCGAAGCAGUCUGAGCUGCUGUGUAGUGCCUGCACUCCCCAGUAUGGUGGAGUACGCUGCCCCUCGUAAGCCUCUGAUUUCCACGCUGGAGAUGCCAUCAACCUCCAGCCAGUGGCGGGUUCGCGCAUGCGCAAUUCAUUUGCAGUCUGGGCGCGGAGAGAUAAACAUCUGCUCUGACUGCAGCUGGAUGGGACUGCUGCGUGAGGACUGUUCGCCUGUGACUGCUUUGAGACGGCAGAGGAGCCCACGGCAGCGCCCGCUGCUCGGUGAGAAGAUUCCGAGGCUCUUAUGUGAUCAUCUGUGUUGGAAGAUCCCUACUAGUGUCCUGCAUUGGGACUGGGAUCCCGCGGGACCCAACGGAGAUCUCGCGGGAGCGGGCGGUUUUAAGGUUGACGCGGGCGGCUAAAAAUGGACAGCGGGUCCAAAGACUUUUGGCAGGAUUGAGAAUUGUAUCCGUUAAUGGAUCUGCGGGUCUGGGCAGGAUUGGACAGAAAUAUUGCGAGAGUGACAGACACGGUCAGCAGAAGCGGACAGUAAUGAGCUCUGUUCGCCAGUAGCUGGAACGUGAAGGGGAAGCGUGAGCACAUUAUCCCAGGCAUUUCCCCGGAAGCCAUGAAGCUGAUCAUCGAGUACGCCUACGCGCACUCUCUGGUUGUCACGCCUGACAACGUGGAGAGCCUCCUGGUGGCCGCUGAUCAGUUUAACAUCCCAAGCAUCAUGCAGCACUGCAGCAACUUCCUGCAGGACCAGCUCUGCCUUGAAAACUGUGUUGGCAUUUUUAUAAUCGCCGACAUCUACCACCUCAGCGAGCUGCGGGAGUCUGCAUUUUGCAAUGUCUUGAGGAACUUCAAGGAGAUCGCCAGCUCCUCAGAGGAUUUCCUACAGCUCACUGUAGAGCAGCUUAGUAGUAUUAUUGAAAAGGAUGAGCUGAACGUUAGCCUGGAGGAGGUGGUAUUUGAGGCCAUCCUCCGAUGGACCGCGCAUGAGCCUUCCAGCCGCAACGGCCACAUUGCUGUGCUGUUGCCCAAGGUCCGGUUGGCUCUAAUGAAUGAAGAGUACUUAAUGAGGAAUGUGAUAAACAAUGAUCUUGUAAAGGCCAGUAAGGAGUGCAGGCGCAUUGUCAGCGACGCCUUGAAGCCCGUGUACGACCUGGACAUCACCGGUCCACCCCGGUCUGACUUUGAAAACCCGCUGACCCGGCCACGCCUGCCAUCCGAAAUUUUGUUGGCCAUUGGUGGCUGGACUGAAAACCCAGUCAGUCAAAUCACGGCAUAUGACACCCGAGCCGAUCCCUGGGCAGAUAUGACGUUGGAGCACGAGACCCCCUGUCCUACCAUGGGUCAGUCUAUUUAUAUGGAUUUGUUUAUUUCAUUGGGGGGACUGACGGAUUAGUCUGCUCCAGCAGCGUGCGCAGGUUCAGUCCUUUUACGCGGACAUGGGACCAGGUGGCCCCAAUGCAGACACGACGCUGCUAUGUGAGCGUGGCUGUGGCUGAUGGCUACAUAUACGCCUUUGGCGGCUUUGAUGGCCUCACGCGCCUGAACACAGCAGAGCGGUACGACCCAGUAUCAAACAGCUGGACCUUCAUCCAGCCCAUGCAGGAGCGGAGGAGCGACGCCAGUGCCACCACACUGCACGGCAAGAUAUACGUCUGUGGUGGCUACAACGGCGAUACGACCGUCCAAACCGCCGAGUGCUACAACCCAGUCACUGAGCGAUGUACCACUAUAGCCCCAAUGACAACUCCCCGGCAUGGUGUUGGAGUCAUUGCUUACAGGGAUUAAGUCUAUGCAGUUGGUGGUACAUUCCAGUUUCAGCAUUUACGGAGUGUGGAGGCCUACGACCCUGUGACUAACCGCUGGCAAGUUGUGAAGCCCAUGCACAAGACAUGCAGCAACUUUGGACUCGAGGUGGUAGAUGACCUGUUGUUCGUGUUGGGUCGAUAUAGAUCACAAUUAAAGUUUGAGUCUCUUCAUUU